UAAAGCGCACUGCAGUCAUAUUUCAAACCUUAACGCGAUGAUUCCGCUUAGUGUUUUAAUUUUCGCGACAGUUCUCUUCUCUUUUGCAAAUAAUGGAGCAAAUGGAAGUUGCAGUGUUGAAUUUCGAUAUCCAAAGCCACAAAUGGUUGUCCAUUUUGGCUCAAAACAUUUGUUACGCGAGACACCCUAUACAUUAACCGCAGAACUGUAUGAGAAAUAUGACAUAUAUUGCAAACAUGGAUUUAAAACCCAAAGUUAUGAAAAUAUUAACCGUCAGCAUAAAGAACUGAAGUGUGAAAAUAACAACUAUUUUCAAAUGGACACUCCAAAUUACGGCACUCGGCAAGUAAAUUGGAUAUCCUGUUCAGGUUCGCAAUCGAGUCGAAUGUAUGAAAGUCUUACAAAGUUGCCCGAUUGUGAAAAUGAGAUGACUUUGGUUGUUGGAGAUGAUUUCAAAGAGCUGGGCUCUUUGAAGAACAUUGCCAUUUGCUAUGAUUUACUAAAAGCAAAGUUGAAAUAUGUUGCUUACACGGCAUAUCCAUCGAAGAUGAAAAUUAUUGAAAAGACACAAAUCGGACAACUAAAUAGCCUAGGUCUUGAUGUCGAAGUCUCUCCGACAAACGCCAUGUUCAAUGCGAUCAGCACAACGGACAUAUUGAACGCAUUGAAAAAGGAUAGACAAUUGAAGCAAUUGUUUGGCGAUGAAACCUUCGAAUAUACAAAUCUAAUACAGGACAAUGCAUUCAAAGGCGAUUUCGAUGAAUCGAGUAUGGCUGUGAAAAUGCUAAACAUUGUCUGGCUGCGUGCUCUGCGUUCGGGCAAUUGGCGGCAUCUGCUCAAUGCCCUCGAUGUGGCCAAUCUCAAUGGCAAAUAUGAUGUUCGCAUUGGCGUCUCCGGUGUGGUUAAACUGCCGAUGCUGCAGUCCUGCAAUGUGAGCCAGCAAAUGAUUCUUGAACUGCCAAAUGGUGAUACAGUCGCUGUGCCAUCGCACAUUUGGGCCCACAUUCGUCACCUGCCACAACAGUCCGAGGCAUCGAUCAAUAAUACCACAAAUGAUGAGUUUGUUGCCAUCGCCCACAACUCACCAUUUGUAACCAACGAUCAGCGACAAGAAUUGUGCAACAGCAUGUGCCACGAGGUGCCCUGGCUGAAGGAGAGUCUCUUCAUGAAGUUGCAAAAUUAUCCCAUCUACGGUGUCGUUCAGUGUUGUCGAGUCGCCGAUGUUGUAGAUAAGCUCGAUUAUUUCCCAAAGUCUAAUGAGCCGCCACCAUAUGUGGACUGGAGGAAACACUUGCCUCCUCCACCGAAAUUCGAGGUUCAAGAUGAAAAUGAUGAUGAAACUGAUUAAUUCAAAUUCAUAAUUAAAUUAAUUGCAUUUGAAUGUUUUACAGAUUAUCGCCAAAUAUGCUAAAGUAGUUUGUAAAUCUAAUUUAGCAUAUUUGACUUUCAAAUACAAUUAAUUGCGCAUACAA